AUGGCCUCCCCCGCCCUCCGCGCAGCUCAACAAGCUCCCCAAAUGGCUCGUUACGCCGCUUCAGGCGCACGACGAGCGAUGGACGCUUAUCGAGACCGUGACCGAUACUCUACCGAGUUUGAGGAGGAGUCACAGCCGUCGAAGGGUGGGAGGAGGUCGCGUGAAGGGCAGGCCGAGGGAGGUAGGGAGGCGCUGGUCAGGCCGAGCAGGAAGAACGUCGACAGGUCCCGAGGCUCAUACGCCGCUGUGGGCCAAACCGACUCUCGCGGUCGCCCUUCAACCGACAGCGCUCGCAACUCGGCUCACACCGACUCGGACCCCGAGCGCUCGCCGAACGGCAGCAGCGACGGCGAGCACUCGGAGGACCUGGAGAAGGGCAAGUCGACGAGCCGGUCGAGCAGAGGUAGGAAGGGAGGAGUCGCAACAGGUGGCUCGGCUAGAAGCGACGACGAGCAUGACGAUAGGGAGAAGAAGGGGUCCUCGUGGACGAAGUGGGCGCUCAUCGGUGGACUGGUCGUCUUGCUGAUCGUUGCAAUUGGCGUCCACAAGAAAUCUAGCAGCUCGACGGCGACACCGUCCUCAGCCGCCGAGUCCGCGACUUCCGGCUCGAGCAGCGCUACAUCCGCCACGACAAACGCGACGGCUGCAUCGGCCGUGUCAGCAGAUUCGUCGCUCAACUCGACUGCGACGGACGCGGGCGGAGCGUCUGGUGGUACAGCGGCUUUGACGCCGUCUGCCAGCUUGCCAGCGAGCUCAGCCGCCGUGGACGGGAGCCUGACAACGCAGGUUUUUGCGACCGGCGAAGCAGGACUUCCAGUUCAGGUCGGUGGGUCGACUGGCGCACCGACGCCAACGGACGAUGCUUUUGCUUCGACGCCCGCCAUGACAUUUGCGACAGCACAUGCAGGCGGCGCAACAGGCUCAGCCGACUCGAAUGGUAUUGGCCAGUUCAGCAACCCGGAUUCGCAGAUGCCAGACGACUCCUCGCAGUCCCCCGGCCACGACAGGGGCAGCAGACCUACAGCUUCUUCGAGACCUAGCUACGAGGGCCAGCCGGGGUGGCAGACCACGAGCGGAGCAGCGAGUACCGAAGGCUCAACGAAGUUCACGACUACCGCGACUUGGUUUGCUAUCGAUGAGCACCGCACCGCCUGCGGCACGACCUACACAAGCAGCUCUCUCGUCGCCGCUCUUCCUCCUGCACUCUACGGCUCGGACGGCGACAGCGUCUCUGCGCUCUGCGGCGCCAAGAUGAACGUCUGGUCGCCCGACUCGAACGUGACGAUUUCGGUGAAGGUUGGCGAUGUCUGCAACGCCUGCCCGACGACCACCUCAAUCGACCUCUCGCAAGCCGCCUUCCUCCGUCUCGCCGGCGCAAGCCCCAAGAACCGCGACGCCGCGCUCGACAAAGGUGUCCUCUCGAUCCAAUGGUGGCUCGAGGAUGCGGGGCUGCAGGCUCAGCUACCGAUCGGGUUUAGCGAUUGGGACGGGAGUGUGGGCGAGUCGAACGAGGGCGCUCGUCGAUAG